AUGGUCAAGGCUCUCAUCAACAAGCAUGUUGAUCCAAAUAAGCCAGUCAACAGUGCUGGUGACACCCCACUCUCUCUGGCCUGUGCUAAUGGCCACUUGGACACAGUCAAGUAUCUUGUGAACCAGCAUCAUUGUGAUCCUAAAAGUACAGUCAACAAGGCAGGUUACACCCCACUCUCUCUGGCCUACAAAAGUGGACACUGGGAAGUGGUCAAGUAUCUCGCCAUCACUCAUCACUGUGAUACAAAAAUGGCAGUGAAUGAGGCUGGAGACACUCCUCUUUCCAGUGCGUGUUACCGUGGUGACCUGGAGAUGGUCAAAGCAAGUAUCAUCAGCAAGCAUGUUGAUCCAAAUAAGCUAGUCAACAAGGCUGGUGACACCCCACUCUCUCUGGCUUACAAAAGUGGACACUGGGAAGUGGUCAAGUAUCUCGCCAUCACUCAUCACUGUGAUACAAAAAGUUUUCUAUUACUAGCCGUAAAGCAUGACGAUGAUUCAAAAGUGGAGUUUUUAUUGGCAGAAUGCCACAGUGAUCCGAAUGUGACCGACAAAAAAGGCAAGACACCUCUCGAUUUGGCCAACGACCCUAAGAUCAUAAAGCUACUCUUGAAACACGGAGUCAAGGCUGCCAAUGUCUACAAGGAACACAGCAAGCUCAUCGGAAAGCUCUCCUCCGAGCGACCCCCACACCUUCCUCUGUCUGUGCUCAUCAUUGGUGAUGGUGGCGUGGGGAAGAGCACUCUGUUGAAGUCCUUUCUGAGCCCAAAAAGGUUUUGGUCUAAACUACAGAAGGAAAAACCUGUAGGCGGUGUCGAUGCAAAGACAGUGGGUAUCAUUCCAUACGAAAUAUACACGAAAGAGUUUGGGAGAAUCAUCUAUUUUGAUUUUGCUGGCCAGAAAGAGUUUUACACGAGCCACUGUGCCAUUCUGGAGAAUGCUGUUCAAACCUCACCACCCAUCAUUAUCCUCUGUGCUAAUCUUGUAGAAAGUGAGCAGGCGAUUAUUGAUUCCAUGUAUCGUUGGUUGACCCUCGUCCAAAACCAGUGCACCAAUCUGAAAGGUAAAGCACACGUGAUAGUAGUUGGUAGCCAUGCCGACCAGGUGAAGGAAAAGGGAGAAGAUCCACAAGCCAAAGAGAGCAUCUUUGCCCCCAUUAUCAAGCAAUUCCCAAAGUUUGAGUUCAAAGAGUUCAUUCCAAUGGAUUGCCGCUUUGCUGAUUCGAAUGAUAUGACAAAAGCAAGAAAACAGAUUCAGAAAAGCUCUGCUAUUCUCCGCUCUCCAGAAACCAUCAGCCUGAAUGCUCACACUUUUUACAUUUAUCUUGCCGAAAGCUUCAAAGACGACCUUGCAUUGUCAUUGGGAAAUGUCUACGAAAGAAUUAAGAGCGAUCUUAACGAGGAUCUGUCAAAACGCACUCAAGAUAUUCUUUCUUUCAUACCCAGCACCGUCCCUCACCUUGUAGAGAUCUGUGACCAGCUGCAUAAAAGAGGUCUCCUCUUGUUUCUCCGCAAUGACAGCUCUCCAGAGAAGUCUUUCUUAGUGAUUGACCAAGCAACACUUCUGUCCAGAGUCACUGGGACCGUGUUUGCUCCUGAAAGUUUCCGCCAGCACUGCAAACUAGCUUCAAGUACUGGAGUGGUGCCUUUGUCGAAAUUCAGAAAAGAAUUCGAAGGCUUCGACACGGAGAUGCUGAUUGCCUACAUGUCACAUUUAGAGCUGUGCUUCGAAAUUAUAGACAUCCAAGUCUUGGAUUUCAUUUCGAAGGAGAUUGCUUCUUCCACUGACAGAGAUUCUUCUGUUCCUGAGUCUGACACUCGAUACCUCUUCUUUCCAGGGCUCAUUCGAAUCGAAACUCCUGAGCAAGCUUGGAAAGACGCUCAAAGCAUCAAGUACCACUUUGGUUGGAUACUUGAAACCUCUCAAGAUACCGAGUUUUUCGAUCCUCGCUGCCUUCAGGUCCUCAUUCUGAGGAUAGUGUUCACGUUCCGCCUUGCCCCUGCUAGCAAAAUAUUGCACAAUGUCCCUUCCCUACAAAGAUUCUGCUCUGUGUGGAAGAAUGGGAUCUACUGGUGCAACGAUGAUGGGAUCACCGCACACCUUGAGCUUGCUGAAAAUGGCCGAUCUCUUGUUCUGAAAAUGCGCUCAGACACAGUUAGACCUGAAGGUUUUAUUCAUCGCUCCAGAAUUGUGAGCACAAUCCGUGAGACUGUUGAAUGUUUUGGCCGCAAUGUGAAUGUGAUUGAAUCAGUGAUUGAUCCAGAUGAAGUUGUCAAGCAUCCUCUGAAAAAUCCCUCUGACCUCCCAUUGGUCAACAUCAAAGAUAUUGCAGCAGCUGUCUCCUCUAACAGAGGCACAAUAAAAUCAACACAACAAGUUGCCUUUGCCUUCAAGCAUCUCUUACAGUUUGAGCCGUACGCUGGCCUGGAUCAAACCACCAUACAGUGUAUCCACAGUGACAAGAAUGCCAAGAAAGAUGAGAAAAUCUCCACAGCUUUCAUUUCAUAUUUUUCCAGCCAAAUUUCUGACCCUGACAGUGAAGAACAGGAUCAAGUAGUUCGAAACAGUCGCAUGUACAGAAGAAUUCUGAGCCCUUCCAUUGCCAAAAUUCCGCUAGUUAGUCCCAGACAGGAGGUGGUCCAGGCCCUUGAGAUGUGGAGGAGUGAGACUGAGGGAACUUACAGCUGUCUGAGGGAGACUCUCAACAAGUACAGCGUCUUCACUGGGAGAAACCCUCUGGACCUAGCGGGUGUGGCUCACAGCGAGGUUGAUCUCUCUGUAUUCCCAGAACCUCCUGCUACAGAUAAUACAGGAGAAGACUUGCUCCCACUAGAUAAAGUGAAGAAUGCAGUCAUUGCAAUCACUGCUGACUGGUACAGUCUGGCAAUACAGCUGGAUAUUGGCUACAAAACUAGAAAGGUCAUUGAGCGUGACCACCCAUCGGCAGAAGCUGGGUUCCAUGCCAUGUUGCAGCACUGGGUGAGGAGACCCUCCCCUCCUCCCUCCUGGUCGGCCCUCAUUAGAGCACUAAAGUGCCUCGUCAUCAAUCGAGCAGGAUGUGUUGGGAGUAUCUAGAGAUGGUGAAUCAUCCAUUCCCUCUCAGGAUCAGCAAAACUUAUUUGUCCAAAAAGAGCCACUCAGUGUGGACCAGCACUUGAAGGUGGUGAGAGAGACCACCUGGGAAGCAAGAGCCAAAUGGAAGUGUCUGGGAGAACAGUUGGGAGUUACGAUGGGGAAAUUAGAUGAGAUUCAGCACAACCAUCCUCAUGUAGCUGGAGCUUGUUUAACUGGCAUGCUGGAGCACUGGUUGACCCAGACCGACCCUCCCCCCUCCUGGUCCGCUCUCGUUGAGGCUCUCAGAUCUCCUGCUCUUGGUCGGGGGGACAUUGCCAGUGAGAUUGAGACUAGGAUCACUACCACACCAUAGACAAGUGGACACAUGCAUUGUUCGAACAAUAACUAUCUUAGUAUUUAUACAGUUCCUCUCUCAGACUUGAACACAUGCAAGCACUGUGUAUAGUAUUGGUAUAGUGUAGUGAUUGUUAAUUUGUAUGCAAUAUAUCGUUCGUUUAU